CAUGCUGGCGCCUUUACGCGGGCUAAGAUUCUCCACCGAGAUAUCAGUGCGGGCAACAUCCUGAUUGUUCGGAAGACAAUCGAUGACACUGGACGUGUUGCUUCACGAGGUUUACUAAAUGAUUGGGACUUAUCAAAGAGUACGGUCGAAGGGAACGACCAACCGAGACGGCCGGAGCGUACCGGUACAUGGCAGUUCAUGUCAGGACGCCUCGCCAGCAAUCUGUCAAAGCCACAUUUGCUUCCAGAUGACCUUGAGUCUGUCCUGCAUGUCGUAAUCUACGAGGCGAUACGC